CUCACUCGCCUGCCGUUGUGGCGGGAAAAGUCAGCUGUUGUGAUUGUUUACCUCGGUGGAGCCGAAGUACCUAAUAUUUGCACUUAUUCAGUAGUUGAACCAUCAGAAUGGAUGAGUUUCCGAAUGCAGAGGAUGAAUAUGAAAUGCUCCAUGCAGAUGAGUUGGAGAUGAUGCGAGAAUUUGAUAAUUUUGAUGAAGAUGCUGCAGCUGCAGAGGCAGCAACUAUUCCUCCCUCCAUCAAAAGAAGCCUUAAUUUUGCAAGUCCACCACCAGUGUCUGUAAAAAAUACAGCUAUAGAUGAAGGUAUUGCAGAGAUAUCCCAAAUAGAUGAAAUUCAGAAUGGUGGCCUUAUGAACAGAAAGAGACCUGCAGACAGGGCAUUUGAUGAUGAUCUUGACCAGUUUCUAAAUGAUGAUUUCAUGGAAAAUAAAAAAAAGAAACAAAAACCAUUACUUCCAAAUUUAGGAAAAUCCAACAAUCCCCAGGAUAUUGCUAAACAUGAAGCAGAUUUGGACUUAAUUAACAGGAUCCUUGAAACUAGAAAAGGCCUCCAUAGAGCUGAUUUGCCUGAUGCAAUACACACACUUCAUGUUUGUGAAAGACCCAAGCAUGAAGCUCGGAUUUAUAAGCGUCUUCCUGAUGGAGCUUUCCAGGCUGUCACAACAGAGACUGGGGAACGUUACUACUUAACCAAGAUUGAGGAAGAGGAGUGGGAUAGUCAAGUCAAUUCCAUAACUGCUUCUCAUAAAGCAAAUUGUCUCUUAAACAUACCCUAUGCUCAACUGAAAGCUCAGGCAGAGCGGGAGCAAAUCCGACAGGAUGAAAGAAGAGCAAGGAGCUUACAAGAGGCAGAGGACUCUGGCAUGGAAUCUGGUGUAGAAGAUGAGGAGGUAGUGAAAGAUACACUGUGGGUGGAGAAGUACAAGCCCAGACACUAUUUGGACUUACUUAGUGAGGAGUCAACAAAUCGCACAGUUCUACACUGGGUGAAGCUGUGGGAUAAAUUGGUGUUUGGCACAGAAAAGAAGCAAAAAGUAAAAGAAGAGAAAAAAAACACUCAGAAUGCAAAACCUUUCAGUAAGUUCCAAAAGAAAGGCCCAGAGGUUAUUGAAGAACUAGAUGAGCAAAAUCGACCUAUGCAAAAG